AUGGAGGCAACGACGCUGCAGGCGCUCAUUUGGAAUGCAGGACAACGUGUCUAUGUUUACAUUGCGGAUGCGGAGCGUUUACGCCGUUGUACCGUUAUACGUCGCUGGCAAAACAAUUGCCCAUGUAAUGCCGACGCGCAGCGUAAAACACGUCAUUUUACGGUGAACGGUUUUAAUACGCAUGCACAGCAGCAGCAACAGCAACAACAACAAGCACAACAAUUGCAAAGCCAGAGUGACGUACGUAAUAUUUAUAAUAAUCCGUAUACGCCACCAACAGCACCGACUACAACGCUGAGCCAACAACAACAGCAGCAGCAGCAGACACAUCGUUUACAGCAACAACAACAGCAACAAUUGUUGUAUAAGUCUAUUGCAAGCGGUGUUGUUGGUAAUAGUGGUGCAAAUCAAUACGAUUACCCACCAACUGCCGCCAGUGAACAUCAGCAUCAGCUGCAACAACAACAGCAACAAUUGCAACAACAUCAGCAACAACUACAGCUACAACAGCAACAACAAUUGAGUAACGUCUUAGAAGCAGACAAUAACACCUUCACCGGUCAUAAUAAAGGUAUGUGGAAUAACACGACGAUUAUGGUGAUGACGACGCCGACAGGCGACAGACGACAAACGAGCAUAACGAAGACGACCCGGCUAACGAGCGUUGAGGCGGCGAACAGCCAACAGCGAACAGUGAACGGCAAAUGGCAACAGCAACAGCUGCAAUAA